CCAAAGAGGGGAAAGGUUUCAUUUUCUCUCCACUGCCUCUCUUCUCCACAACCAAACAUAUCCUAACUUGGAAAGAACCGGGCUGACCGGUCUGCCUUGGAGCCAGGAUGCCAUGGGUGUGUGUACCGGUCGGACACGUCAGCAAUUCAACUUGAAAAUCACGAUUAUCCGUUCCAGUUAGAUUUUGGUCGCCGGGAAACCCCAGGGCGGCGCGACCAUGUAGGAGUGCAGCUCCGUUUUCCUCUCCGCCAAAUUCUAGAAAAAUGGAGUCCCAAAUCCUUCGCGGCUUCACAUUCAGAUCACUCCAACUAAAUCUCACAUCCACUGAUCAUCGAUUCAAUUUCCCACCGGGAAAUGGUUGCCGGCGAGAAAGUCGAAGAUUCCCACGCCGCAUCACCUCCUACGUCCGUUGCCGGAAGAUUCCGGCCGAAAACGCCGAAAAAGUCAGCGGCACGAAGAGGCGGGAUGUGCUCGCCGCCUCUUUGAUCGUACUCGGAUCCAGUGUACUCCGGGCGGCGGUCUCGAGAGCCGACGAUAAUCCCCCGGACAGUAACGCGACCGGGGCGGAGGUUCCGAUUCCAGUGACGGAUCAAGUUGAUAAGGCAGCGGAGAAGGAGGAGAAGACAGAAGAGGCGAUUAAUUCUAGGGUUUACGACGCUGCGGUGAUCGGAGAGCCGCUGGCGGUGGGGAAGGACAAGAGUAGAGUGUGGGAAAAGCUAAUGAAUGCCCGGAUUGUGUAUUUAGGAGAAGCCGAGCAAGUUCCCACCCGGGACGACAAGGAAUUGGAGCUUGAGAUUUUGAAGAGCUUGAAGAAGAGAUGUGUAGAGGCUGAGAGGCCUAUUUCCUUAGCUUUGGAAGCAUUUCCUUGCGAUUUACAGCAGCAACUCAACCAGUUCAUGGCCAAGAGUAUAAGUGGAGAAAUCUUAAAGUCUCUUGUGUCACAUUGGCCACCUCAACGUUGGCAGGAGUACGAGCCCAUCUUGUCUUACUGCUGUGCUAAUGGUGUGAGGCUAAUUGCUUGUGGUUUGCCCCUCCAGGUUCAAAGGACAGUGCAAGCAGAAGGCAUUCGUGGACUUUCCAAAUCCGAUUCUAAGAAAUACUCACCUCCUGCUGGUUCAGGCUUCAUCUCGGGAUUUACUCCAAGAUCUCAGAGAUCCUCCAUGGAUAUGAAUUUGUCACUUAAUAACUCAAUGCGGUUUGGUUCACAGUCAUAUCUUUCUGCACAAGCAAGAGUUGUAGAAGAAUACAAUAUGUCUCAAAUCAUAUUACAAGCCGUAGAAGAUGAUGGAACAACAGGUUUGCUUUUGGUUGUCACAGGCGCAACCCAUGUUGCUUAUGGAUAUAGAGGGACUGGGCUGCCUGCCAGGGUUUUUAGGAAGUUGCAACAAAAGAAUCAAAGUGUCAUCUUACUUGAUCCUGAAAGACAAGAAAUAAGGAGAGAAGGAGAAGUUCCUGUUGCAGAUUUUUUGUGGUACUCUGCAGCGCGACCUUGCAGUAGAAAUUGUUUUGACCGCGCUGAAAUUGCACGUGUGAUGAAUGCAGCUGGGAGGAGGAGAGAUGCCUUACCCAAGGAUCUCCAAGAAGGACUUGAUCUUGGACUGGUAUCACCGGAAGUGCUGCAGAACUUUUUUGAUCUUGAGAAAUAUCCUUACAUUUCUGAAUUAACCCAUAGUUUUCAGGGUUUUAGGGAGAGAUUGUUGGCAGAUCCUAAAUUUCUACACCGGUUAGCUAUUGAAGAAGCUAUAUCUAUCACAACCACACUUUUAGCUCAGUAUCAAAGGCGUAAAGAAAAAUUCAUGGAGGAGCUUGACUAUGUUAUAACAGACACCCUUAGGGGAAGUGUUGUAGACUUUUUCACAGUGUGGCUUCCUGCCCCCACAAUUUCUUUUUUACCCGCGGCCCAUGACGUUAAUGCCCCUGAAAGCUUUGAAGCAUUGAAGGGUCUCUUGGCAUUGAAGGGUCUCUUGGGUUCCAUCCCGGAUAAUGCAUUUCAAAAAAGCGUAGCAGGGAAGGAAUGGGGAUUGAGCCACAGGGUUGCAUCAGUUAUUGUUGGUGGCCUUAAAUUGGCCAGUGUAGGAUUCAUUUCAAGUAUUGGUGCAGUGACUUCUUCAAAUGUCUUGUUUGGAAUACGUAAAAUAAUAAAUCCAACUCUUGCCAAGACCCAACAAACUAAGCGGUCUCCGGUAUUGAAAACCGCUCUCGUGUAUGGGAGCUUUCUUGGAGUAUCAGCAAAUCUACGGUAUCAGAUUAUUGCAGGUCUAGUGGAGCACCGGAUUUCGGACCAGUUCUCUGACCAGAUAUUGCUUGUAAAUAUGUUGUCUUUUGUUGUUCGCACGAUCAACUCAUAUUGGGGUACCCAGCAAUGGAUAGACCUUGCACGGUCUACAGGACUGCAAGCGCCAAACGUUGAAGGAGACUCCGGAAACGCUGCUGCAGUGGAAUGUCAAACUUCAGAUGACACCUAUACUAUUGAUGAUUGAUACCAUCAACCAGUCUGAUUCAAAUCUUCCCCAGGUUUUGUUUCAUACACACUGUUUCUCCAUGCACAUUACACAUAUGCACAUCUUUUUAUGUAUGAAGUAAUUAAUUGUAAACCAGUGAUUCGUCUGUAUAAAACUAUUUCUGGAGAACUUUGAUAUAUAUAGUUUUGAUUCUUAAAGCUGAUUUUGAAUAUUU